UAAUUGUGACUUGUGGGGUUAAAAACGGUCGGUCGUCGGCCGAUCAUCGUAAAAAGCUUUACAAGGACGACCGACUUCUCUCCUCAGGCCGAAUCAACGAUUCUGAAAGGUAAAUUCACCUGCAGUUUAGCUGUGUGGAUAUGGAAUCACAUCACGCGUCUCUGGGUCGGCGAACGUUGGAAGAAAUUCGACAAAAGAGAGCGGCAGAAAGAUUAAUCAAGACUGCCUCAGGGCCAGAUCUAACCAAAGUUUCAAAUACCAACGAUGUUCUCGUCAUGAAAAAAUCAGAGAGCGGAAAUCGACUCUCAGAGAAUGAUGUUAGCGGUCUAGUAGCACAGCUGAAAGACCUGCAGACAAAGAGCAAUGAAUUGGAAGAAGAAAAUAAGAAUUUGAUAUCAAAGCUACAUAUGGAGGAGGAGGAGAAUGACUUGCUGCAAAAGCGUGUAAAUGAUCUGGAGCAGAAUAUCAUUCCAUCCUUGAGAAAAUCUCUUAGGGAUGUUGCUAUGGAAAAAGAUGCUGCAGUUGUUGCACGGGAGGAUCUCUCAGCCCAACUUCGCACAAUUAAGAAACGUCUGAAGGAAGCAGAAGAAGAACAAUACCGGGCUGAGGAAGAUGCAGCAGCUCUGAGAGCAGAACUAAAUUUGUUACAGCAACAAGGAAUGAGUGGUCAUUCCAGUGGCAUACCCACAAUGGGCAUUCCUCUGGACAACAUGCAAUCCAUGGAAAAAGAGCUGGCCAGUUUGAAAUCCCAGUUACAGCAAGAGUUACUACUGAGGCAGCAAGAGCAACACCAUUUGGCUGAGGAACAAACCCGGAUAUCUGCCCUUAUCUCUGAAAAAAAGGAGUUGGAAGAGAAACUUGCAGUAAUUUCUGAAAAGGCCUCAGAGGAGGUUCCAGAGAAAACUGCUCAGAAGGCAUUCUCAGUGGAAGACAAGGAGAGACUCGAGAAGCAAUUGCAUGAUAUGGCACUGGUGGUUGAGAGAUUGGAGAGCAGCAGACAAAAACUCUUAACAGAGAUUGACUCCCAAUCAUCUGAAAUAGAGAGGCUCUUUGAGGAAAAUUCCAAUCUUUCAUCUGCUUAUCAAGAGGCAAUGGUUGUAGUAGUACAGUGGGAGAAUCAGGUGAAAGAAUGUCUUAAACAGAAUGAGGAGCUCCGCAGCAUGGUAGGUAAGUUGAGGACUGAACAGGCUAGUGCACCACAAUUGAAUGGCAUGGAAACCCAAAAAGGCUUGCCGGAAACAAAGAAAGAUGGAGGAAUCGAAGCUGGUUCCCAGGCAUAUACGACCGAAAUUCUCUCUCUGAAGGGCCAACUUGUUAAAGAACAGAGCCGAGCCGAGGCACUGUCAGGAGAGGUCUUGCAACUUUCGGCACGACUCCAACAGGCUACACAAGCAUAUAAUGGUCUUGCGCGGCUCUAUAAACCUGUGCUCCGGAGCAUCGAAAGCAGUCUACUUAAAAUGAAACAAGAUGGUUCUGUAACUGUGCAGUGAAGAUGCAAAUGCAAAUCCCACCCGUGAAAGUUCUUCAUAGGAGCUACCCAUUUCAGAGAAAGGCCGAAUGAAUAUACAUAUAUAUAUAUA